AUGUCUGUCGUUGAAACUACGCCUCACCUCAGGGUGUCAGCGAAGAAGUCUCAAGCCCAAGCUGACACCGCAUCUCCACGAAUUCCACCACCGGACGCCUCCAUGGUUGAGGACAAGUUCUUCUGGACCUACACUGAAGAGCCGCACCGAUCAAGAAGGCAGGCAAUUAUCAAAGCCCAUCCAGAGGUUACCAAGCUCUGUGGCCCCGAGCCUCUCACAAAAUAUGUUGUCCUCGGCGUUGUGUCUCUCCAACUCACCUGCGCGUACCUCCUCCGCAAUACCUCCAUGCUGGACUGGAAGUUCCUAGUAACAGCGUACGUGAUCGGCGCCACGUCGAACCAGAACCUAUUCCUCGCCAUCCAUGAGAUAUCCCAUAACCUGGCAUUCCGGUCUCCGCUGGCCAACCGCAUGCUAGCCAUCUUUGCGAAUCUCCCUAUCGGACUACCAUACAGUGCUGCAUUCAGGCCUUACCACCUCACCCACCACAAGUCUCUCGGCGUAACAGGCCUCGACACGGACCUCCCCACCGCAUUCGAAGCCUUCGUCUUAAACUCAGUCCUCGGCAAGACCUUCUUCUGCACAUUCCAAAUCCUCUUCUACGCCGUCCGCCCUAUGUUCAUCUACAGUCCCCCAUUCACAUACAUCCACCUUAUAAACCUCGUCGUCCAGCUCUCCUUCGACUAUUUCCUUGCCCGUAUCAGCGGCUCCUGGACACCAGUCUUCUACUUCCUAGCCUCCGCCUUCCUAGCCGGCUCCCUCCACCCUUGCGCCGGCCACUUCAUCGCAGAGCACUACUUCUUCUCCCGGGUGAAAACCGGCGGCACAGAGUCCCUGUCCGAGCUACGAACCAAACCAGCUACUAAGAGCACAAAACCUUCGCCACUGGAUGACCUCGCUCCUCCGGAGACAUACUCUUACUACGGACCAUUGAAUAUCCUUACCUAUAAUGUGGGUUUGCAUAACGAGCACCACGAUUUCCCUGCGAUUCCCUGGACAAGACUGCAUAAGUUGAAGGAGAUUGCGUCGGAGUUUUAUGAUCCUUUGCCAUGUCAUCGGAGCUGGGUGUGGGUUAUUUGGACCUUUAUUCUGGAUAAGGAUGUUGGGCUUUGGUGCCGUGUGAAGCGGGCGCAGGGCGGUCGUAUUGUCGGUGGUGGAGAGAAAAAGAAUGUUGGCACUGGACGUGCGGGUGAGGGGAUCUCUGCUGCGUCUGCCGGUCCAGACGAGGAUGGUGAUGGGUGGAAGGAAAGUGAGAUUCAGUGCUAA